GCAAGAUGGCAGCCUCCGAAACGGUUAGGCUACGGCUUCAAUUUGAUUACCCGCCGCCAGCCACCCCCAACUGCACGUCCUUCUGGCUUCUAGUCGACUUGACCAGAUGCCGAGUAGUCACGGAUCUCAUUAGUCUCAUCCGUCAGCGCUUCGGCUACAGUUCUGGGGCCCUCUUGGGUCUCUACUUGGAGGGGGGACUCUUGCCCCCGGCUGAGAGCGCGCGCCUGGUGCGAGACAACGACUGCCUCAGAGUUAAGUUAGAAGAGCGAGGAGUUGCUGAGAGUCCUGCAGUCAUCAGUAAUGGUGAUGGUACUCCUUUGUUACCCAGAAAAGCAAAGAAGCGGGCAUUUAAGUUGGAGGAGGAUGAAGAAACUGAACUAACUUACAUAAAUUCAAAGAAGCACUGGAAGAGGCAAGAUAGCUGUAACAAUGAGAAAACCUUGGAUCUAGAACUCAAAUCCGUCUCAGAUCAGAGUGUGAGGAAAAAAAGCAAGCGGAAAAAAAAAGCCACAUGUGGGAUAGUAGAUGAGGAUGAAGAAGAGACCAAAAGAAGAACACCAAAGAAAAAGGAGAAGAGUGAAUAUAAAAAAAGGGCAAAGAAUCCCAAGUCAUCUAAAGCCCAGACAGCAAGAGAAUGGACCAUCCAGAACUAUAAUCCUCCAAAAGGUACUCCUGUCAGAAACAACCUUGUUAAAGCCAAGAGGAAAGGUGGAGUGGGAGGGUGUGCGAAAAGCAGUCCCAGCUCCUCCUCAGAGUCUGAGUCUUACAAUGAAUCAACCAGUGAUGGUCUCAGCAAUGUCACCUUGGAGGUCACAAAUUCCUCAGAGAAAAUACCAACCGAGUCAUCAAAGGAAGGACCUGCUGGGAAAAACACAAGCACAAACAAAAUGGCUACAAAAGCUGGCUUUAACUCUGUCCCCACCAAGGGCAAGAUAACCCGAGCAUCAUCUUCUAGCUCAGACUCGAGUUCAGAGUCAGAUGACCAAUGCAUAAUGUCAAAGAGCAGCCUGGAGUGUGCAGCAGGUUUCUUGAACUCAGUAGGCCUCUUUCCAGGAAGAGGUUGCCCAGAUUCAGGGCCAUCAUUGCAGACUCCAGAUGUGACUGGGUGGAAGUACUCAGAUGCAAACGGUGGCAGACAGGCUUCUGGCCCGCCUCCCAAUGUGACUCUCCCCACCAGUCUAGGACGAGGGUGGGGGAGGGGAGAGGACUUACUUUCUUGGAAGGGGGCUAGGGGUCGGGGCACUCGGGGCAGAGGUCGAGGACGAGGACAUGCUGUUGCCAAUAUUUUAAAUAAAAAUAGUGAAUUUCAGAAGCAGCAGCAAUUGAAUGAAAUGUUAACAAACUCAUCUACUAUUAUACAGAAUCCAGUGGAGACACCCAAAAAGGACUACAGUCUGUUACCGCUGUUGGCGGCCGCCCCUCAAGUUGGCGAAAAGAUUGCUUUUAAGCUUUUGGAGUUAACAUCCGAUUAUUCUCCAGAUGUCUCAGAAUAUAAGGAAGGAAAAAUAUUAAGUCACAAUCCAGAGACCCAGCAACUAGAUAUAGAAAUUCUUUCAUCCUUGCCUGCCAUGAAAGAGCCUGGGAAAUUUGACUUGGUUUAUCACAACGAAAAUGGAGCUGAGAUAGUGGAGUAUGCUGUGACACAGGAGAAGAAGAUUACUGUCUUUUGGAGAGAUUUGAUUGAUCCGAGACUGAUAAUUGAAUCUCCAAAUACCAACACAUCCAAGCUAGAUCUUGCCUGACGGUCACCUUUCCACCUCAUAGUUUGUAAAUGUCUAGUGAAAGUGACUAUCAUCUGAACUUUUUUUUAAAAAAAAGAAAAAUUGAAAGUUGUGUGCAUUUACUUUCACUUUAAUGCAUAGAAAAAAGUCUACCUCAUCAUUUAAAAUAACAUGGGUGUGGUUUUUGUAGACUUUUUUUUUCUGUUUCAUUUCUGUAACAAUUUAAAACAUGACAUUCCCUACAGGCAUUGUUAUAUGCCAAUAUGUGCAGUUUCUUCUCUUUUAUUUUUCUUUGAUCAAGUAGCCAUCAGUAGGAGCUUAUAAUACCAAGUGCUGCAUUCAAAAAAUGCUGCGUAUCUUGUCUCAGUAAGUUUUAUUAAGUAACAUUUUAACACAUGACAGCAUGUUACUUGACCCAAUUUUUAAUAUUUAAGUUGUUCCACCAAAUGUGGAAUAUCUUAUAAAUUCCAAGUAUUUUAUACUUGUAAUUGUCAAUAAUUAACAAGUAGUUUGGUUUGCUGCAGGCGAUGUUAAUGAAUCCUUUCACGUUUUGCCCAACUUUAAAACUAAGGAUUCUCAGAGCCUUAUGUAGAACAAUGGAAAUAAGACCUUGAGCCUGUGCCUCGGGAAGAAUUGGUUUUCCAGUUCCAAGGUGAGAGGAUUUACUCUGAGUUCAGACAGGGAAUGUGUUAUCUUGGGACAAAAUCCUAAGCACCUGGCUAAGUACUGGAGGGAGAAUCUUGAACAGAAACUUCUUUUUCUGUUAUUAUUCAACACAAAGCUAAAAUGGCUGAAUAUAUACUGUGAAAAUUGCUUUCUUUUACAAAAGAUCAGAUCCUUCCUUCAGCUUUGCAAAUUUUUAAAUAAA